AUGGCUCUCCUGGUCGUCCCGCUGCUUGUGCACAUAGGGCUCGUUUUGGGAUCAAACUACGGUUAUGUGGAGUGGUCGGAUAAUGAGCGUGAAGAGAAGCACCCGUCGGUCUUCAGCACCCAAAACAUCAACAGAGAGCCGCCCCACCACCCGACCUACUACCCGUUACCGGGCACCGAACGCGCGGUGGUGGCGCACAAAAUUGAGGAGGACCUCCCGAGGGUGGUGACCGCGUUCCUGCACACCGGAGACUCCUCCGCGCUGAGGCAGGUCAACUGUUCGCGGAGGUACGAGCUGAGCAGCCUGCGAGGCGGCCUCCACGUCGCCUCCCACUACUCCCUGCACAGUAUCCUGGACACGGUAGCGCACGCCACAAACUUCCUGAACAUGAUCCUGCAGGCCAACAGGUCCCGGGAGCAAACCUCGCGGAGGGACAUCCACUGGUACCACGCACUGGUCCAGAGUAUCCUCGAGGGCGACCCCAAAAUCCACAGGGCGGUGGUGACAUUCCACGCGGACGCGCCGACGCCGGGCCCGGACGUUUUCCUCCAGGCGACCAGAACCGAGAAGGAGGUGGUGCUGCAGGACUUGUCCGGCUCUGCGCACCGUCACCUGAGGAGCAGGAGCCCGGAGUCCGACUGGUUUAAUGACUUCAGGGACGGUAGGAGACCACACAUGCACAGAAGAGUGACACAGGUAUCGGGCACUAAGAAUGGAAGUUACCUUCUGGACAAAAAACAGAUUAAGUGGUCGGCACCGUACCUGGAGUGUGAACAUGGGGCGUUUGUGCCCUAUUGGUUGCUCACCUUGUCUGCUGGCUUCUACGGACUGAAGAGCAACUCUGCACCAGAGUUCAGGGGUGUGGUUCGUGUGGAUGUGAACCUGCAGAACGUGGACAUUGACCAGUGCUCCAACAGUGGCUGGUUCGCUGGGACUCAUCGCUGUAAUCUCACUAGCAUGGAAUGCACUCCCAUCGUCGGCCAUGGAUUCGUGUUGGACAAGUACAAGUGCCAGUGCAGGAGAGGAUUCUACCAUCCCAGCCGAGUGGUGCUCAAUGGGUUUAAAACUAAGGAGCAGGGUUUGAACAGAGACGAGACCUCUGACGUGUCCAGUAAGUGUCUGCCGUGCCGUGAGGGCUGCCCCUACUGCCGGGAUGACACACCCUGCCUGGUGCAGGAGGAUGGCGCCCUGCGGCUCGCUGUGGCCUCCUUCCAGGGUCUGUGCAUGGUGCUGGACCUGGCCAGCAUGGUGGUGGUCUACCACUUCAGGAGGAAGAAGAACAUCCGCACAUCUGGUCUCGUUCUACUGGAAGCCAUCUUGUUUGGGUCUUUACUGCUCUACUUCCCAGUGAUGAUCAUGUACUUCCAUCCCAGUGUGUUUCGCUGUAUACUCCUGAGGUGGGUUCGCCUCCUGGGUUUCGCUGUCAUGUACGGCACUGUCAUCCUCAAGCUGUACAGGGUGUUAAAGGUGUUUCUGUCCCGCACGGCCCAGCGGACGCCUUACAUGACCAGCUGGCGGGUCCUGCGGCUGCUGGUGGUGAUCCUGCUGGUGGUGCUGUGGUUCCUGGUGGCCUGGACCUCCUCUGUGUGCCAGAGCCCCGAGCCGAGUCGGGCCAUGAUCGCUGCCGGCCUCACCCCAGAGGGGCUGCAGUUCAGCAUGUGUCUGCUGGAUCGAUGGGACUACAUGAUGGCUGUCGCGGAGUUCCUGUUCCUGCUGUGGGGGGUGUACCUCUGCUACGCAGUCCGCACUGUACCCUCAGCUUUCCAUGAGCCACGUUACAUGGCCGUGGCCAUCUACAAUGAGCUCCUCAUAUCAGCCGUCUUCCACAUCAUCAGGUUCACUCUGGUGCCGGGGCUUCACCCCGACUGGAUGCUCCUGUUGUUCUUUGCUCACACCCAUCUGACUGUCACCGUGACUCUGGGCCUGCUUCUCGUUCCAAAGUUCCUGUCCAAAGGGACUCAGGCCAGGGAUGAUAUUGCCACCGAGGCCUAUGAGGAGGAGCUGGACAUGGGAAGGUCUGGCUCUUACCUCAACAACAGCAUUACCUCGGCCUGGAGUGAGCACAGCUUGGACCCUGAGGAUAUACGGGAUGAGUUGAAGAAGCUGUAUGCCCAGCUGGAAGUCUACAAACAUAAGAAGAUGCUAGCCAACAACCCUCACCUCCAAAAGAAACGCAACUCUAAAAAAGGUCUGGGUCGCUCCCUGAUGAAACGGAUAACAGAGAUCCCAGAGAGCAUGCACAUACACCGCCAGUGCAGUCGUGAGGACGGCAGCGAACACGGCAGCAACCGCAGCACCUUGAGGAGAAACCCGUUUGAACCGAGUCAUCACGGAAAACCUCGGGAUGACUCCCUGAAGAACAAAGUCAUAGGCUUGAAGAAAUCACUCAGCUAUGACCAUGUUUGUGACCAGGAUGAAGAAACUGCAAGCCAAACCGGCUCGACUGCAGGAGACAAUAUGACUCCUGUUGGAGGUGGUGGGGAAGGAACUCUUCUGGGUUCUCUGAUUGGACGGAAACACACCAAGAAGCAGCUGGAACCAUCGGCUACCCCACCGAGACUGGAACCAGCUGAGUCCACUGAGUCUGUUCCACUGUUCUGGAAAUCAGCCAGCGCUCACAACUUGACGCACGAGAAGAAACCUGUCCACCUGCGGACCUCCAUCAUGCAGAAGUCUCUGAGUGUGAUUGCGAGUGCCAAGGAGAAGAUGCCGGGGUUGACCAACAAGACACAAAGCGUGGAGGACGCCAGCAAGAAGGGUCUGAAGGGACAGGAGGAGAGGAUGCUGUCUGAGGUGGAUGAGACCCCGGAGCAUUACCCCAAGAUGAUCAUUAGUCAGUCAGUGGAGUACUCCAAGACACCCAUGAAGAUGGGAAUCAUGAAACAACAGGUAAGUGGCAGCCAGCCAUCCAUUUGCUCCGAGACGGGGAGGAACCUCUACGACGUGUCCGAGGUUUGUCCCUGGGAGCUGGAGGAAGCUCAGACUCCCCCUGAACCAAAGACCCAGAAACAUGUUUCCAUUGCUCCUGGAGAAACCACCACAGACCGGAGAGGCAGCACCAGCUCUGGAAUCAGCAAAAGUAGCCGCUCCCAGCAGAGGCAGAAAGCAGGACAGUCCCCUUCCAACAGACGCCACUCCAAAGAUAAAGGUGGAGAAAGGGAGGAAAGCAGGGAAACACGGAAACCUCGACCACCCAGGUCACCUCUCCCUCUAAAGCCAGACGUCUGUCCCUGGGACUUCGAUGAGCAACCCAUGCUGGGAGGAGAUUCAGAUUCCCUUUCCCCGGACAGGAUCAGGCAUAAGAAAAGUGUCACGCCCACCGAUGGGAAACCUAAGGUUCUCCACUCAGACCACUCCAAGUCCACAGGGAGCCUUUUGCAGCCUCCCUCCCUGAUGGUAGAUAUCUGCCCGUGGGAUUACACCAGCCCACCUUCACCUAAGCAGGAGAAGUCUUGCAGCAGCCCAACCCCACACAAAAAGAAACGAAAAGGCUCCUGCUCGUCCAACCACAAGGCCGAGAAGGAGAAAGUGAGGGAGAAAAGCAGAGAAAGACGGAGCUCUUCCAGCAAGCCGGUAUCGGAGAGGAGACGCGUUAGCCAGUCGUCAGAGUGCAGCGGGCCAGUUUCUGAGCGGCGGAGGAGCUCGACCAGAGACCCAGAAGUGAUGGAGGUCAGAAGGGCGGAGGUUUUGUCCCGGGAGACCGAGCUCUCACACACCAGCUUUCCCCAGACUAAAAAAUGCACAGAGAAGAAGAAAGAGAGCUCUUUGGGUACUAGUUACAAACCUGCAGUCAUCAGCGGGGCAAAGGUGGCUGAUGUUUGCCCCUGGGACUGUCAGGAGCAAGACUCUGGGGAGAGGGCAUGA